AUGGCUGGAAAUAAUCAGCAGCUACCACGUUUUUUUGAAUCAAUAUCCACAAAUCCAGCUGUACCACUCUACAAGUGUAAUGCAUGUCGCAGCCAAAAUAUAGUCAAUUAUGAACGGCAUUCCAAUUCUUUACCACAUAAAAGAAAUGUUGAGAGAUUAGUAGCCGAAGAGGAUGAUAAUGAAGAACUACUUGCUCCACUUUCACGUGCACCAGCUCUGUCUUCUUCAAACAACCAAUGGCCUGAAGAUGCUAUGGACACGGAUGACGAAUCAGAUCAGCUUGGUGAUUCAAUUUUAGACGUUUUAGACCUUUUAGGACCGAUCCUGUCCGAUGAUGACGAUUCCUCAAACUCUGGCAAUGCUUGA